ACCGCAUCCUGUUUCAAGUAUAUUGGCUUCUGUUUCCUUCAUCCGGACAGCUAUCCGCGCAACAUUGAUCCACAGAAAGUGUUCGCCAUGGUCUACACCAUCUAGUAUGGAACAUCGUCCCCUUCCCCCCACAUCCCCCGUAUCAGUAUUCCCCCUGUAUUGUUCAACAGUAUUUCAUGCAAUUUGUAGAAUGUUCAUAGUUCGGCAUCGUAUUUUUUAUCCCAAAAUAUGCAAAUUAUUGAAUGGUUCAUGA